AUGAUGAAGAAGUUAGAAACAGUCUGUAGAACCUUUCUACAGACUAGAGGAACAAAUGCUUCAAAAAAAGCUUUGCUAUCAUGGGACAAAGUAUGCUCUCCGAAAAAGAUUGCUGGUGGAUAUAAUGUAAUGGAUAAAACUGGAAUUUGCAAACUACUAUGGAAUCUGUAUAAGAAGAAAGACAAAUUGUGGGUUCAGUGGAUUCAUUUGUAUUAUGGGAAGAAGCAAAAAGUGUGGGAAACCAAUCCAAGCAAUGCAUUGUGGAUAGUUCAGAAAAUCAGCAGGGGUCGAUAUGAAGGAACUGGCAGAAUGGAACUACUUCUCUAUCAAGAAGUGGUACAAAGGCAUGCGAGGACAAUAUCAAAAAGUAUCGUGGAAGAUAUUAACGUGCAACAAUUUAGGGGCUCCAAAGUGGAUCUUUGUGCUAAAUCUAGCUCUGCAAAACAGACUCCUUACAAGAAAGUUACUGGAAGUAUAUGGAGCAAGUUGCUACAUUGGCAAGGCAUAACAAGAUCUUCGAUGGAGUGGCAAAGGGAGGUACAAUGGGAUAAAGACAAAUCAACAGGAAACAAUGCAAAAGCUCGAGUAUAUAGACUGACUUUGGUAUGUGCAGUACAUCAUAUAUGGAAUGAAAGAAACAAGAGAUUAUUCCAAGAAGAGCAGAAGACAAUGGAAGUGAUAGUUAGACAAAUUAUACAAGAAGUUGCAAAUAAGGGAUCAAGAAUCAGAAAGUUAGAGAAGACAAUGGAAGAAAUGAAUUUCUAUCCUUAG